CUACUAAAAAAAGAGCUAAAUAUAUAUCCUAUGUUGGCUGUGUUUUGAUACAAUGAGUAAAUACGAGCAGAAGUCUAAUGCUGCUAAUAUCUGCACUUACGAGCAAACUGUGGCCCAGGUAAUCUGAUAACCGUUAGUGAAGCUAACAGGGGACUGAGGAAAGCCUUCAAUUAUUGGUAGAGAGAUAUUUGGAAAAGGAGAAAAGGCAACCAUGUCUUUCAGAGAUCUAAGAAGUUUUACAGAAAUGAUGCGUGCCUUGGGAUACCCUAGACUCAUCUCCAUGGAGAACUUCAGGGCUCCCAAUUUUCCCUUAGUGGCAGAGAUACUCAUCUGGCUUGUUAAGAGGUACGAGCCACAGAUGGAUAUCCCAAGUGAUGUAGACACAGAGUCAGACAGAGUUUUCUUUAUCAAAGCUGUGGCUCAGUUCAUGGCCACGAAGGCACACAUUAAACUGAACCUCAAGCGCUUGUAUCAGGCUGAUGGUUACGCAGUGAAGGAGAUGCUGAAGAUCACCAGCGUCCUCUAUAACGCCAUGAAGACCAAGCAGAAUGCAGAUGACGACCAAAACCUUGACGAAGGCAGCAGCAAGUUCAAAUUUGAUCUAGGAUCAAAGAUUGCAGAUCUUAAAGCUGCACGCCAGCUUGGCUCUGAGAUCACAGCAAUGGGGGCCUCUCUGUAUGAUCUGCUGGGGCAUGAAGAGGACCUGAGAGAAAGCAGGACAGCAGCCAUUGCACGACCCCUGGAGAUCGCAGAGACGGAGAGAGCUCUCAGAGCAGCUAUUAAAGAUGUGAUGGAAAAUGUCCAGAAAACUAAGGAGCAGUUAAACAACAUAUCAUCCGAUGAGGCCAGCCUAGAGGCCAAAAUCGAGAAGAAAAAGCAAGAGCUGGAGAGAAAUCAGAAACGCUUACAAACACUGCAGAGUGUUCGUCCGGCGUUCAUGGAGGAGUAUGAGAAGAUCGAGGAGGAGCUGCAGAAGCAGUAUGAAACGUAUGUGGAGAAGUUCCGCAAUCUCUCCUUCUUGGAGCAGCAGCUGGAGGACCACCACAGAGUGGAGCAAGAGCGGUUUGAGGAAGCUGAAAAUUCAAUAAGAAUGAUGCAAAAUAAGCUACGAGAAGAGGACAGGAGACUAAUGAAGAAUGGAGUGCAAGAGGAAGAUUCUGAUAUGGAUAUCCCAGAAGAUGAAGGAUCUGACAGUGAUAUAGAGGAAGGACGACCACCCAAACCAUACCCAGCACGCCAUAGCCAGAUCACAGGUCGAGUAGGUGGUCGACUCGUUGGCAACAUGCAGGGAGGGGACAGUGAAGAGCCCAGAGUAAAGGAUACACUCCGCCCCCCCGGCCCUCGCCGGAGGCGGAAAAAAAGAAAGUCGGAGGACAGUGAAAUUGAUGUUGAUGACGAUGAUGACGACGAUGAUGAUGAUGAAGAGGAAGAUGAGGCGAAUGAGGACCUGGAUGAAGAUAACGAUAGUCUGGAUGGUCCUGCCGCUAACCCCACCCGCCCAGGCCGAUCUCUGCACCCCCAGAUACUGGAGGAGAGUGACAAUGACUUCUAACAUUCUAUCAUACACACUCUAAAUACAUUAAACAUGUACAUGAAACAGGUACUGAACUGAACUGUAUAUAAUAUUUCUAUAUUAUUUUCUCUGCCUUUAUGUGAGUGUAAAUAUUAUAUUAUUAUAAAUAAAUAAAUCUCGAAAACAA